GACAACGACGCGCGCGGUGCCGCCAUUUUGCAAUCCUUCAUUUCAUUAUUUCAUUAGUAACGUGGUGAUGUGAUUUUAACUAAAAUAAUUUAAUAAUUGUGUUGUGCUUACAAAUGAGAUCAAGUUUACAUUAGUCAUACACUUUCCUGUGAAACAUUAAGUCACAAUGUCGCGGCACGGCGAUUGCAAAGUGUACGUCGGAGAUUUAGGCAACAACGCUAGCAAACCGGAGUUGGAAGAUGCAUUCUCAUACUACGGCCCGUUGAGAAACGUAUGGGUCGCCAGGAAUCCACCCGGCUUCGCUUUCGUUGAGUUUGAAGACCCCAGGGAUGCGGAAGAUGCGAUUCGAGGCUUGGAUGGUAGGACAAUUUGUGGGCGUCGCGCUCGCGUGGAGAUGUCUAACGGGAGCCGGGGCUACGGGGGCCGGGGGCCGCCGCCGCGCUCGCGCAUGCCGCCGCGCCCCUAUGACGACAGGUGCUAUGACUGUGGAGACCGCGGCCACUACGCGCGGGACUGCUCGCGACGUCGCCGCCGCAGCCGCUCCAGGUCGCGCAGACGCUCGCGCUCCCGCUCGGCGCGCUCGGGCUCGCGCUCUCGCUCCCGCUCGCGCUCCAGGUCUCGCUCCAAGGCGCGCUCCAUGUCGCGCUCAAGAUCCCGCUCCCCAAGCAAGGAUUCCAAGAAGUCCAACUAGUACCUUAACACCACAUUACAAUAUACUAACUGAACAAUUACAAAUUAUUGACUCGCUUGCAGUAUUUUUUAGCUUAAUUACUGCUAUGACGUUAUUUUUUAAGUGUAAGUUCGUCGCAUUGACCUAAUAAACCUGUGUUGGUUGUAACUUUUAGAUGAUGCAGAAUGUCCUAACAUCCUGUCUUAAUUUGAUCAUUCCCACAAAUACAAUUUAUUAAUUUGUUGCAUACUGUGUGUAAACAAGAUGAGAAGUCAAUAAAUUGGGUAUUAGUGUAUAA